UGCAUUCCCAAUAAUGUUAUUGCUAGAUAACCGGAAAGCGUUAAAAAAAAAAACAUAUAAAUACAUUAACCGCACACAUCCCUUUGGCCAAACACACACGCGCAUCGCUUACAAGAUGAAGACGUCCGUUGGUUUGGUUUUGGCCGCUUGCUUUGCCCUGUCAGUCGGAGCAGAAAGAUUGGUGAAUUGGUCGGUGGACAACGACACCCUACCGGAGGUUCUACCGAGACUUGUGCCGAGCUACCUGAGCGACAGAGAAAUUGAGCAACUGGUCUUCCAGGCUCACGAAAUCCAGUUGGGCGUCAUAUCCGAGUACAACGGACACGUAUUCGAUCCAGCCAUUCCGUUCGAGUACUUCCGGAAUGAAGCGAAAAUUCCAAAAUCUCGCGUCGUCCUUAGCGACACCGAAAUGGAAUUCACCAACAACGAAGUCAAAGGAUUGAGAAACUAUGAGAAAUGCGACAUCAUAUUGAGAUGGGCUCCAAACGAGGUUGUUACCGAGGUGGAAUGGAAAAACGUGGUUGUUAAGGGUAACUAUUCGUACUCCACUGCUCAGUUAUACGAUCAAGGCAAAUACUUCAUUCAGUUCGAUACCUUAAGAUACAUAGCCAACACCCCGCUGAUCAACCACACCAUGACUUAUCCAUCUGCAGUUGUCCCAAAGACUAGCUUGUCGUACAAAAAGUUUGAGGCGUCGUUUUCGGGCGACCUAUCGGACGUAACGGACAGCGACGAAGUGACACUUACUCCUAGCAUAAAGUCUUAUGUGGAUGAUAUCGUGUUCGAACACCUCGCCAAUCGUGUGGCCUCCACCAUGUACAACAACAUCUCCAUCGCCAUCCGUGAAGCUACCAAGCCCUACAUUAUGUUCAAAAACGUAUCGGACCCACACUUCCCGGCUUUCCAAGGGCAAAUGCCGGCCAGCGUUCAGUUCGUUGUGCCCGAGCAAGUCAAGCCAAACGGUAACAACGCAGAUUUCCAGAACACCGACGUGGAGAUGCGCAAAGACACGUUGAAACGUAAUUCGCAAAACAUUGAAAUGAUUCGCACAUCCCUAAAAUUCCAACACGUCUCGACUUCCCGAGGACAAAAACAGUCGCCCAGUGUUGUUCAGUUCCGCGUGCCUGACAAUUUCACGGCGUACGGUCUCGACCAAAUUUUCCAGAGGCUCAACAAGGUUUCGGUCGACACGAUAGAUAAUCGAGUAAUGGCCAACGUUAGUUUGGCGGUGCACAAGAUGAACGGCCAUUUCGACAUGAUCGUGGAAGACGCCGUACCGUACUCCGGCAAAGUGAAUUUCCUCGUUGAACGCGUCGACAUAAACUUCGAAAUCAACAUGUUCAACGGAGAGGAGUGUAACACCAUCACCGCCGUCACCAAGCCCGAGCUCAACGCUCCCGACAUGGCUUUAACCAAGGAGCAAAUGGAAGCCAUUUCCAACGUGUUCGCUCAAACCAUAAUUAACAAAUUCGAACACAACGCUAUCUGCAUUGCACAGUCUGUUAUGCUCAACAAAAGUUAUUAUUAACAACGGCUCAUAGUAAAACAGUAAUAAAAAACGAAAAUUGUGGUCAUUCGGUUUUUUUUUUCAGGCACUCUACUCGAAAUAAUAUUAUCAUUGUAAUGCAUCAAUUCUGAAAACUUUGCUUUUUUAUUGUGUCUAAGAUAGUUAAAUUGUGCUUUUUGAGUAACAUAUUAUAAUGUACACAUAAUCUAUGCUUUAUACGUAUGUGCGUACUACUAAUUUAAUUAUUUAAAUAUAUAAUAGUAUUAACUAAUAACUGAUACAAUUCAAAAAGUAUUAUUAAUAAACGUACCGAGAACACAGAGCGCAA